AUGGAUUCCAAUAUUAUCUAUUACGUGGCUGCUAUUCUUGAUCCACAGGUUAAGACCUCCUUCAUCCGAGCUCAAAUGAGCAAGUCUGAUACAGAUGUGAUUGUUUCUGAUAUACAUGAAUAUCUUAAGAAACAAUAUCCUGCAAGCCCUACCUCUUCCUCUAGUGCAGAGCGUCUACCAGCAAAUGCCUUUAACUACUCCCUAAUGUUGAAAGCUGUACAAGACUAUCUUCCUAUUCCGUCUGCUGAAGUAGGCGUUGAGAGAUUGUUUAGUAACGCACAAGAUGUUCUGGGUAUUCGGAGACACUGCUUAAAUUCUGAGACGUUUAGAUGGCUGAUAUUCCUUAAGGGACAAUAUGGUAAAGAACACCGGGACUCGGCAUAA